AACAAAAUUUAUUUAGUAGGUUGGAAAUUGAAUCCGCAACCAACAAGAGAAGAAGAAUAUCAUUGAUUGAUCUGAAUCAGAGAGAGAGAGAGAGAGAGAGAUGGCUAAUCUGUAUGUGAAGGCGGUGCCACCGGCGGAUCUGAACAGGAACACGGAGUGGUUCAUGUAUCCAGGGGUGUGGACCAGCUACAUCCUCAUCAUCUUCUUCGCAUGGCUUCUCGUCCUCUCCAUCUUCCACUGCACCCCCGGCAUCGCCUGGACCAUCAUCAACCUCGCCCAUUUCGCCAUUACGUAUCACUACUUCCACUGGAAGAAAGGAACCCCGUUCGCGGAGGACCAAGGGAUCUACAACCAGCUGACGUGGUGGGAGCAGAUUGACAGCGGCAAACAGCUCACUCGUAACCGCAAGUUCCUCACUGUUGUCCCCGUCGUUCUGUACCUCAUUGCGUCGCACACAACUGACUACCGACACCCCAUGCUGUUGUUCAACACCCUCGCUGUCAUUGUCCUCCUCAUUGCCAAGUCCCCCAAUAUGCACAAGCAGCGGGGCAUUAUUCAUAAGCAAAUACUGUGGAUUCCAUCUGAGCCUCCAAAUGGGCGCGCGCCACUCCAGCUCUUUAAUUUGUUCAUCCCUCAUUCAAAUUAAAUUGGUCUUAUCUUU